AUGGUUAAAAGACUUUAUAAAUUAGGUUUGAUCACAUGCAGUCUAGGGUUCGUAGACACAUCAAAAACAUCACCGUCACGUUUCGAAAUAUGGGACGAGACAAAGAGUGAAGCGUAUGCCAUACAACCGUUAGAUGAGAACGCUAAAAUUAGUUUAACGAGUGAGGCGAUACCUGAACGAUGCUCACAUAAUCGGUCACAACGACCUCAGUCGUGGGCAUCAACAAUUUCGAAUGAUAGCACUGCAUCAACACGAUCAUCAAGUGGUGAAACAACAACCAGUAUUGAAAGUGCACUAAUGGACCCGAAUGGAAAUCAGGCGGUGUUGUGUAGUAAUUCGCCAAUUUCAUCGAUACCAAUAUCCGCAUCUUCAGAAGGCUGCUCAGAAACAAGGCAGAUGGCUGAUAACGAUAAUAAUAUUACAACAACCGAUUUAGACUGUGAUUCUUCAAACUCUCGAUCCACACUUACCAGUACAUCCACUCCGAAUGAGGACCGUCAUAUACCACCAGAUUCAUCCACAACAGCGUCGCUGAAUACAAUUGUUGAGAGUUCAUCGCAAAAUGAGCUUUUAGCAGCAAUUUGA